GAGUACUUCGAAGACCGACUUUAGCUCAAUCAGUUAAAGCACUGCCUUGUAACACAGAGGUCCUGGGUUCAAGUCCCGGAGGAAACAAAAGUGAUUUUGUAAGAAGAAUCAUGCUCUCUGGUUACAAACUGAAUUUGCUCAAAAUGAACCUAUACAACCAGCGAUGAUCAUGGUGAUGCUAUUGAUGAUUAUUAGAUUGUUCUCGGAAUAACCUUCUGGCUGUGGCAUCAUGCAACAAUAACUUUUUAACUAUGUUUUCAACUGUGACACAAAAUUUUAUGGGAAAUUGUUUGAUUUUAAGUAAAGGUGGACAAAUUUACAUACAAGUGACGUGUAAAUACAUCUAUACGGGUGUCAACAUAUAUUUGUUCUGCUUAAAAGUUCCCCUGGCACAUUUGUUAUAAACAAUGCCAUAAUAUCUGUUCCAGUUGGAACAAAUACUCUAUACCCUUUAAUCCAUUAAGAACAAAUACUGAAAUAUUUGUUCCAGUGGAAAUAGAAUAUUUCUUCCACUUGGAACGGUUAAAUUUUGAAGGAACUUCUAUUUCAUGACACAGAAAUAGGAUUGUGCAACGUUUCUAUAAGUUAGGUCAGUCGGUUUUAUUAUUAUUGUAUAAGAUUACUUAUUCUCAUUUACAGUUGUAAAGCUAAGUCAUUCAUUGCAAUCUAUUUUUAUCGCAUUUGAUAAGAGUUUAUUUGUUUAAUGUCAAAUUAAUCAUUUUAAUCUGGUGCCCUGUUGCUCUGGUUAUACAGGUGCUAUGGUUGUCUUAGUGCUCCGGGCUCCAGUUGACCUAGUGCCUGGUUGAUUAUUUCUUUGUUAAGAGUCAUUUAACCAUAUUUGUAAUCGGGCUACAUUUUGUACUAGGGCAAAUAGAGUGGUAUAAAAGAGAGAAAUAGAUGUAGAGAGGGGAGUUACGAGAGAAGUGUGCGUAGGAGAUUCAUGAUUAUGCAAACGUAUUGUUGAGCCUGCAGUUUAGAUGUUGUAAACUUUAUUACUGUUAUUUUGUUAACACAUUGGAUUUGAAAUAAUACAGUAUUGAACUUUUAAUCAACUUUGUGUUUAUGUUCACUUACAACACUUCGUUCAGACUAGACCAGGAUCUAUUUAUUUAUUUAUGUGACCUGAGGAUUCCCUUAAUCACGCUACCAGAAGAUUUCUAGGGUAACCCUGUAAAAUGUAUUAUUGGCAUUUGUCGUCCGUGUACGAGUGAAAGGCAAAUGACUUAUACACCCAACAACACGUACAAACACCAACACACGAACACGCACUUUAGUUUAAAUAAUAAUUUCGUCACAUUUUUGUCCAAAAAAAGUAAAAUACCAAAAAUACCAAACACCAAGAAAAUUCAAAACAAAAGUCCCUUAUCAAAUGGCAAAAUCAAAAGCUCAAACACAUCAAACGAAUGGAAAACAACUGUCAUAUUCAUGACUUGGUACAGGCAUUUCCUUAUGUAGAAAAUGGUGGAUUAAACCUGGUUUUAUAGCUAGCUAUAAGUGACAUCUCUAUAUCUGUACUCAAAGACAGUGACAACCACUAUAUUUGCUAAUAAUCCAGAAUUUGUCACUCACUAUAGACCAAUUUAGAGUUCCUUUUUAUGAAUGAAAUCAUUGAACUGGACUGUAACAUCUGGUCCUUGUAUGUUUUAAUGGUUAACUUUAUAGUGAUCUUUAGAACAAGAAAUUUAUGUUUUAUUUUGUAUGGAUACUUUUUUCCAAGGAGAAUGAGACAAUCUCGAACCUUAGCUUGCUGCAGUUUUAGAAGAAUGAGAUUACAUGUGUAUUGAAAAGUUAAACACUUUUUUCCAUUUCAGAAUUUUUUUUAAAGGGUUUACCUGUAUUUUUGUUACUAGGUAAACAAUACAAUUCCAGAUUCACUUCAUAUGAACCCAUGUUUAUCUUUUGUAGACUUAGAAAUAUGCCAGUUUGUCAGGAAUGUGAAGGGACAGAUUUUGAUGAAAGAGAUGGGUUGUAUUUUUGUCAGAUUUGUAUGACACAAUCACAAGACUACAGAAGAGAGGAGGAAGGAGAAGACGGAGGAAACUUUUAUAAUGUAUCGUCAAUUAUUACUAAGAAAUCAGAAAGAAAGAAAAAAGUUGAAAAUAAAGGAAGACCCUGGCAUAGCUUUGAAGCAUUUACAAUUAUUAUAAGGGAACAAGUUAAGGCACUGAUCAAAUUAGGUGCUUCAGCAGAACUUAAGGAUGUUGUAUUACAACUCUGGUGUAACUACUUAUCAAAGACUGGGACAGCUUUUCCAGAGGAUGAAAACAAAAUGGAUAUCUUCAUGAGAAAGCAUAUUAGACAAAGAGAAAGAUAUCCUGGCUCAGUAGAAUCUCCUGAUAUUCAACCAGUACAGUUUAGGAAAACUUGGAAAAAGAAGUAUGGUGUUUCUAAAAAGAUAGCUGAAAAAGAUAUUGAGAAUAAAAAAUUAAUGACUGCUUUACAAAAUGAGGAGUUUUAUGAAGGAGACAACCCUACAGAACAGGCAGUGGAAGAAGAACCAGAUUACAGUUCUGAUGAGGAUGAGGAGAGCAGUGAUCCUAAUCAGAUAAGAUACAUGAGAAGAAGUGUAGAGUUCAUGACUAUGUUAAAGACAUUAUGCUUCUGUUAUAUUGGAACAUUAUAUACAGACCAUCUCGUCACAAUAUCUGAUAUUAUACGAUGGGCAGACCAAAAGGAAAUACCUUAUUACAAAGCAACAUCAUUAUUACCAACAGAUAUGAAGUUUUGUGCAAAUGAUGUACCAACGUUCUCAACAACUGUUUUAAAGUAUGAAAACCUGGAAUUUGAAACAGAGAAGUUGAUACAGUACUUAAAUUUGACAGAUGUUCCUGAUGUGUCACUCCAACUUCUGACGUCUAAGUACAUUGUUAUGUUAGAUCUACCUGGUGAACUUCAUGGAUUUGUUAUUAAUUUGAUACAGCCAGAGCUAAGAAAAGAAGAUGAUAGGAGAUAUAAUGACAUGUUGGCCAUGGGUUAUAUUGUUACAACACUACAGCUAUUGUUAGGGUUAGAUGAUUCAACUGAAAGGGAGUUGUCAGAUAUUGCAGUAGAGCUGAACAACAUUUUCCAUAAUAAAUACAAUAUGUUUGUAUGGUCUGACUGGACAACACACAUCUCUAAGAAGAUAAAAGCAGCCAGAACAAAUAUUUCUGAUGAAUCAAGAAAUAUAAAAGACACAAAGAAAUUCAUUGAAGAUUUUAUUUUGUUUGAUAAAGACAAGAAAUACAAUGCAGCACAUUAUAAAAGAGAUAGAACAAGAAGACCAGAGACACAAGAUGCCUUGUUAAGGCCGUUAGAAACAUUGAACAAAGCAUUACGUUCAACCACUGGAACAAUCACAGCUGAUGCUGAUUCAGAUAAUGAUGAGUACAAUCCAAACUUAGAGUCUACUCUUGCUGACUUCUUUUUGAACCCAGAUAAAGAACUAACAGAACAGACAAAUGAGAAGUCUUCAGAUUUUAAUUUUAAAUCGUCUACAUUAAAGUUUAUAACUCAACCUUUUAGUUUUCAAGAUGAUCUGGAUAAACUCAAUCUGUCAAGGCUUUCAAUGCAUACUUUGUCAGCCGAUGAUUCUGAUCAAGAGCCUGAGAGAUCAGAUAUAGACUUGUUUGAGACGCCAAAGAAAAAAAGAAAGGAGACGACAAGAAGUUCCAAAAGUAAAGAUAUCGACGAACAUGAAAGUGAAAAGUUGAUGCAGUUGAUUAAUAGACUAGGUGAAAUUCAGGAAUCUAACAUUAAAGUUGACCGUAAAAAGAAAUAUCAUGAACUUAUAUAUCAGGCAAAAGCAUAUCAAUGGUUGAUUAAAACCUGCUCAGAUAUGAUGGCAUGCUCUACUGAUAUUCUUAACAAAAAAGUAAUAGAAGUCCAGAAUAUUUUAUUCAGGCAUUGGGACAGAUCUCAGUGGCGUAGGAAAAAAAAACUCAUUACUUUAUUAAAAAAAUGAUUGUGAAUUA